CGCGUCUUCGCGAACAACUCCAAGAACCAACAAGGACUUUCCCUUCGAGUUGUCGCAUUGUGAUAGGGUUGACUACCUGUUGAAGAUUCUUCUUUCUACACCAAUCGAGACGCGGUCCUGCGAAGUAACAUUGCACACAGUUGCAUCACAGCAAGGACAUCAGAACAACAAUGGAAGCCUCAUCGGCUCUCGCCCAACUGCAGCAACCACAAACUCUGUCAAUUCUCCAUAUUUCCGAGCAAGUGAUCACGCCUAGUAGCGACUCACAACCAGGGAACACAUCGUACACACAACUCGGGAGCAGCCCUUCUGCUUUGGCAGCAGAUCUGGUACACUACAAAGAACUGUUCUCCAAACUCCGAUUCAGCUAUGUCGAGCAGGUCACAAAGGAGCGCUUCCUGCGCGCAGUCGUCGCUUCGCAGCCCGAAUUUGUGUCUGCCGAAGAAAACGCCGAAUUGGAAGAAGCAUUGAAAGCCGACAAGGAGGAUUUGAAGGCCAAGAAGGAAGAGGUGACAGUCUUGAUUGGCGAUCUGGAAGCUCAAGGCCGCUCGCUUGCGCAGCGGUAUGAGCAGGUACAACUCCAGACUGCUCAGUUGGAGAGUCUGCCCAAGCAGAUCGAGGAGCUGGAGCAGACUAUACAAAGGUUGAAGGAGAACCAAGAACCCAAACCUGAAGAUGCCGAGAUGGCGCUGCCUCUUCACCCCACUCUGGACCUGUUACGACAACGAGAGCAAGAGUCGCAAAGUCUAGAUCUUGAGAUUGCGAGGCUGCAGGCUGCUCUUCCAGCGAAGAAGGCCGAGGUGCAGAGAUUGCAAGAUGAAUUGGCACCUAUACAAAUGAGGAAGAUCAAGGCUGUGGAGGAAGCCAAAGAUGCGAGGAGUCGACGGGAAGGUGGUGGUGGAGGAGCUGAUGAUUUGGAAGAGAAGGGACGGUGGUUGCGAGGAGUUGAGAGCAGCUUGAAAGCCAUGCUGGAGGUUUGAGGAGCGUCUCCAGCGAAGAACAGUCACGAAGAGUUGCGAUUUUAGGAGUUCGGAGUCGACAGGACGAUACCCUUACAAUUACCAGAAAAUGUUUGCAUUAUACUGAAGUCGGAUUGCUUUGCAACCUCGAUACUCUUCAAAAGCAACCUUUAUACCUGACGAACGGUUCGACAAAUCGAGAAAGCCGAAGGAUAGUUUGUACGAGGCGGACAGUACACCUCUGUUCGUACAAAACGACCAUCCCGCAUUGGCCGUCCAGC